UGAUUUAAAUCCUCCCAUCUAACAAAGUGCUUAACAAAGUAUCAGUCCCUCUUUUUCUCUCUCGUCUCUCUUUUUCCCUCUUUUCGCCCUUUUCUCCGUGACUUUCUCUCUAUAAUGGAGGCUAUGGUGUAUUUGUUUCUUCUCCCUGUCUUCUACCUCUUCUUCCUCCUAUGGAAGUUCAUUGAUGGGAAGAGAGACCAAGAGUGUUACAUAUUAGAUUAUCAGUGUUACAAGCCAACCGACGAUAGAAAGCUAAGCACUGAGUUUUGCGGCGACAUGAUCAGGAGAAACAAGAGCUUGGGUCUCCAGGAGUACAAGUUCCUCUUGAAGGCUAUUGUUAACUCCGGCAUCGGGGAAGAAACCUAUGGCCCGAGAAAUGUGUUUUCCGGCAACGAAACACAUCCUUCUGUUCUAGAUGGCAUCUCGGAGAUGGAUGAGUUCUUUAAUGAUAGCAUUGAGAAACUAUUGGACAGAGUUGGAGUGUCUCCUUCGGAGAUUGAUGCGCUUGUUGUGAAUGUAUCAAUGAUCACAACGGCUCCUUCUUUGGCUGGCAGGAUAAUUAACCGUUACAAGAUGAGGGAAAACAUCAAAGCCUUCAAUCUCACGGGAAUGGGGUGCAGCGCGAGUCUAAUAUCAAUCAACAUUGUCCAAAACCUCUUCAAAUCCUACAAGAAUAUGUACGCUCUUGUUGUGACUUCGGAGUCAUUAAGCCCCAAUUGGUACACCGGCAAUGACAGAUCAAUGAUCCUCUCCAACUGCCUGUUCCGUUCGGGUGGAUGCGCAGUGCUUUUGACCAACAAAAGAGCCCUACGGCACCGAGCCAUGCUGAAACUGAGGUGCCUUGUCCGCACACACCACGGUGCCAAAGAUGAAUCAUUUGGGUGUUGCAUACAGAAGGAAGAUGACCAGGGGCGGCUGGGGUUCUUUCUCAACAAGAGCCUCCCGAAGGCUGCGACAAGGGCUUUCAUCGACAACCUUAGGGUGAUAUCCCCUAAGAUAUUGCCCGUACGGGAACUUCUCCGCUACAUGGUAGCCUCACUCGUUCGAAAAAUGUACCAAAACUCCAAGGGUGGUGGGAAAGUGGUCAUCAACUUUAAAACCGGCGUGGACCAUUUUUGUAUCCACACCGGCGGAAAGGCGGUCAUUGAUGGCAUCGGGAAAAGCCUCGAGCUGACUGAGUAUGAUCUGGAGCCUGCAAGGAUGACCCUUCAUCGAUUCGGGAACACAUCUGCUAGUAGCCUCUGGUAUGUUUUGGCGUACAUGGACGAAAAGAAGAGGCUGAAAAAGGGAGAUAGAGUUCUAAUGAUCAGCUUCGGAGCAGGGUUCAAGUGCAACAGUUGUAUGUGGGAGGUGGCGAGGGAUUUAGAUGGCGGAAAUGUUUGGAAGGACUGCAUUGACAGCUACCCACCUGAAAGCCUAUCCAACCCGUUUAUGGAGAAGUACGGUUGGAUCAAUCAGGCAGAUGAAAACACCUUUGAAGAGAAAAUGAAAGAGAUAGAUGAAGCAAAGGCCUUGAAACUUCGGUGAAAAGGUUAAUCAUCAUCAUCAUCAUCAUCCCCAUAACCUAUAUUGUUUGUGAUUUAUCUGUGAGAGUAGUCCCCGCAACUGUGUUAAAUAUUUAAUGCAACUGUAAGCUGUCAUUGUUGAAUCCCCUCUGUGGAUUCAUUAGCCAAAUAAGAUGCAUAUGCUUCCAUCCAAUAGAUGAUCAACAAAUCUGACAUCCUAUCGGAGGGC